UAAAAUUGCAUACAACCCAUUCAUGGAAUUUUAUGCUACUGGAAAAGAACGGAGUAAUUCACCCCAGUUCUAUAUGGAAGAAGGCCAGAUUUGGUGAAGAUACGAUCAUAGCCAAUCUUGACACUGGUGUGUGGCCCGAAUCGGAGAGCUUUAGUGACAAAGGGUUUGGACCCAUUCCAUCAAGGUGGAAAGGAAUCUGUCAGAACGAUACCACUGGGUUUUCCUGCAACAGGAAGCUCAUCGGAGCAAGGUACUUCAAUAAAGGACAUGCUGCACUGGCAGGUGCACUGGCAGGGCCAGUACUCGACCCUUCUGUUUACUCUGCACGAGACUUAAACGGUCAUGGCUCUCACACUCUAUCGACGGCAGGUGGGAACUUUGUUCCUGGAGCAAGUGUGUUUGGCGUGGGGAAUGGGACUGCCAAAGGUGGCUCCCCCAAGGCCCGAGUUGCUGCUUAUAAAGUGUGCUGGCCAGAAUUUGGCGUCUCACUUGGUGUUGAGCACCCUCAAAAUUACUUUGAGGAUGGCGCUGCAAUUGGGGCAUUCCAUGCUGUCAAGCAUGGUAUAGUUGUUGUAUGCUCAGCAGGAAAUUCUGGUCAUGAUGCUGGAACUGUCACAAAUGUUGCACCAUGGAUAAUAACCGUUGGAGCAAGUACUUUGGAUCGAGAGUUUGAAGCUUUUGUUGAACUCCGUAAUGGGCUGCGCCUCAAGGGAAGAAGCCUUUCUAAACCUUUGCCAGAUGACAUACUUUAUCCACUUAUAACUGGUGCACAAGCCAAAGCUGUCAAUUCUUCUGCUGAAGAUGCGAUGCUUUGUCUUAGAGGAACCCUGGAUCCUAAGAAGGUGAAGGGCAAAAUUUUGGUCUGUCUUAGGGGUAUCAGUCCAAGACUAGACAAGGGUCAACAAGCAGCUCUGGCCGGAGCAGUUGGGAUGAUUCUUUGUAAUCAUGAGGCUAGUGGUAAUGUACUCUCUGAUGAUUAUCACGUACUACCAGCGUCAAACAUUAAUUAUAAAGAUGGGGUUGCUGUCUUUGCCUACAUAAAUUCAACAGAUGAUCCAUUGGGAUUUAUAACGGCCCCAACAGCACAACUGAAUAGAAAACCUGCUCCAUUCAUGGCAGCUUUCUCCUCGCGAGGGCCAAACAUGCUCACUCCUCAGAUCCUUAAGCCUGAUAUCACUGCUCCUGGUGUAAAUAUCAUAGCUGCAUACACCCAAGCAAAAAGCCCUACAGGACAAAGCUAUGAUAAACGCAGGAUUCCGUUUGUUACUGAAUCUGGCACCUCCAUGUCUUGCCCUCAUGUAGCUGGAGUUGUAGGCCUUCUGAAGACGCUCUACCCUGACUGGAGUUCAUCUGCAAUAAAAUCUGCAAUCAUGACAACUGCAAGAACGAGGGACAACACUGUGAAUCCAAUGCGGAAUGGCUCGUUCAUUAAAGCAACGCCAUUCAAUUAUGGGCAUGGUCAUAUAAGACCAAAUCGUGCCAUGGAUCCUGGCUUGAUCUAUGACCUAAACAUCAAUGAUUACCUAGACUUUCUUUGUGUCAUUGGCUAUAACAAGACAAUGAUGCAACUUUUCUCUGAAGCUCCUUAUAAAUGCCCCAAGUCAGCCAGUCUUGUUGACUUCAAUUACCCUUCAAUAACAGUCCCUGAUUUGUCUGGCUCAGUCACUGUGACAAGAAGAGUGAAGAAUGUUGGUUCUCCCAGAGGGGCCACAUAUGCCGUCCGAAUUCGCGAACCAGUUGGAAUUUCAGUAUCAGUGGAGCCUAAUAUCUUGAAGUUCAAUAAAAUAGGUGAAGAGAAAAGUUUCAAGGUAACCCUGAAAGCUAAGAGACCUGGUGCAGCUAAGAACUAUGUGUUUGGAGGGCUUAUUUGGUCGGAUGGCAAACACUAUGUAAGGAGUCCAAUAGUAGUUUCCUCUGCUGCUGGUGCUGUUUAGACAUUAAAGCGAGUAUGUAGCUAGGCUUUUUAGUAUUAGGAAGGAUCCAACCUUUAAUUUGGUUUCUGGCAGUUAGUCUAGUUUUUUCCUUUACCUUUUUAUCUUUUUAUCUAGCUUAGCCUUGGUUUAGGGGGUUCAGUUUACAAUUACAUGAGGGUGGGAAAAGGCGUUUUCACCAUCAAUGUUUAAUCGUUUGUUUAUAUUAACCGUAUUUUUUUUUUCAUGAAUCAUUUGUUAGCUAUACAUGUUCAAUUUUCUACGAUUUAGGAGAUAUGCAAAAGGAAGUGUUAUUAUUGUUUCUUUUAUCUGGUAAACUGAGCUAAGAGAAGAUUGGCUAGCA